AUGACCUUCAUAGCAAAGACCUUCUACGAUUUGCGUGCGACGACUCUGGAGGGCGAGUCAGUGGAUUUCAACGUCUUCCGAGGACGGGUAGUGCUCAUUGAAAAUGUAGCAUCUCUCUGAGGAACCACCACCCGGGACUACAGCCAGCUCAAUACAUUGCAGAGCAAAUACCCACACCGGCUAGUGGUCCUGGGCUUUCCAUGUAACCAGUUUGGUUACCAGGAAAAUUGCACGAACGGAGAAAUUCUCAACUCGUUGAAGCAUGUGCGUCCAGGGCAAGGCUACGAGCCGUGUUUCACUCUAUUUGAAAAGUGUGACGUAAAUGGGACCGACACUCAUCCUGUCUUUGCCUACCUGAAGGACAAGCUGCCUUAUCCUGACGAUGAUCCAUUUUCACUCAUACAGGAUCCCAAAUUCCUCGUCUGGAGCCCCAUCAGCCGGACUGAUAUCUCGUGGAACUUUGAGAAGUUCCUCAUUGGACCAGAGGGGGAACCGUUUAAAAGAUACAGCAAAAAAUGUCAAACUAUCGAUAUUGAACCUGAUAUCCAGAGGUUGUUGAAACUUACCAAGAACUAG